CAAAUAAAACUCCUCAUAAUAUAAUAUCUAAUAUAUAUAAAUACACAUUGAUAUGAGAGUUAAGUGAAUGAAGAAGAGAAAGAAAAAGAAGAGAGAAAAUGGUAACCAAUAAAAUGAUUGAAGAAGAAUGUUCAAUCACUCCCGCCGGACCACCCUCAUCUUCAACCCAAAAAGCUCUAACCUUUCUUGACCUUCCAUGGCUGUUCUUCCCACCAACCCAACCUCUCUUCUUCUACAAUCAUCCCUUUCCACUCACUCACUUCAUUUCCACACUUCUCCCAAACCUCAAGCUCUCACUCGCUCUCACGCUCCGCCACUUCCGCCCCUUCGCCGCCGCACUCUUCCUCCCAACCCAACCUCCAACCAAACCCCACAUCGUCGCCGGACCCCACGACGCCGUCGAUUUCUCCGUCGUCGUUUCCGACUCCGACUUCGCUCGACUCACCGGAAUCCACACCAAAAGGGGUGCGGCCGAGAUUAAAGAACUCGCUCCCGAGCUCAAGCCACGCGCCUCACGCGCCGCCGGUGCGAGUGUUGUUGUUCCUCUGUUGGCUGUCCGAGUCACUGUGUUUCCCAACUCAGGGUUUUGUUUGGGACUCGCUUUGAACCAUGUUGUGGGAGAUUCUAGAACGUUCAAUAAUUUCAUGAAGCUUUGGUCAACGUUUUGUGUUGACCGAAGUUAUCAUCCUGACCCUUCAUCUCUGCCCAUUUGUGAUCGGACGGUUGUUGUUGAUACACGUGGAUUAGAGGGUGUCUUCUUGAAUGAGUGGUGGAAAAGAACAGCCCUAUUGACAUCAUCAUCAAAGCUUGUUAACAAUGAUAAUAAUACACUUGUCCGUACAAGUUUUGUACUUGGAUUUGGUGACGUGGACAAGAUUAGAACUAGUAUUGGAGUUCUUAAUCUUAAACAACAACAUUCACUUGCACUAGAUUUUUUGUCUCCUUAUAUUGUCACGUGCGCAUUUUUAUGGGUAUGUGUGCUAAAAACCCAAGAAAGAGUAAGUCAAUUGGCUUAUGAUGAUGAGGAUCCAAAUUAUUUCGGGUUUGUUGCGGGCGGGUUGACCCGAUUCGAGCAUUCGGUUCCUGGCUCGUAUUUGGGCAAUUGUGUCGGGUUCGGGCGAGCAAAGGCAACGAGGGGUGAGUUGUUGGGAGAAUAUGGAUUAGUUAUUGGAGCUAAAGCAAUUAAGAACACUGUAAUUAGGUUAGACAAAGAAUUUUUAAUUGGAGCUGAAAAUUGGAUAUCGGAAUGGGCCGAAAUGAUCGGGUCGGAUACCCACGUGAUGGUUUGCGGGUCUCCUAAGGUGGAUCUUUAUGAGAGGGAUUUCGGGUUCGGCAAACCGAAAAAAAUUGAAGAGAUUGAGAUUGAUAGUACAAAAGCGAUUUCAUUGAGUGAGAGUAGAGAUGUUAAGGGUGGAAUUGAAAUAGGGUUAGUAUUGCCUAAAUUUAAAAUGGAUGUUUUUUAUUUUUUAUUUAAGGAAGGUCUCAUAGCUUGUAAUUGAUUAAUUUUUAUCUAUUAUGAGAGUAAUGAUUGGAUUUGAAA